GGAGGAAGGGAAGAUCUGAGCGAGGGAGGGGAACCGGGAGCGGGGAACCAGCAGGGUGCAUCGCAGCGCUCGGCACGGCUCAGUCUCGGCGCUGCCGGAGCCCCGCGCUCUCGCCUGCCUCCCCCCGCGGUUCCUCGGCGCCCAGGGAUGCUGGGAGCGGGGCUGGCGCUGUGCGCCCUGCAGCUCUGCCUGGCCGCGCACCCGCAGCUGCUGGUGGAGCGGAGCGGCUCCCGCAGGCUCAGCCAGGUUGGUGGCUUUGCCUGGGAGGACUGCGGUAAUGGGAGGGACCCCGUGGUGCUGCAGAGCCUCUCCGUGGCCCCCGACCCCAUCAGCAUCCCGGGGAGCCUGCGUGUCAGUGCGAGUGUCAGCAGCAGCAAGGCCAUGGUCACCCCUGUGAAGGCAGUGGUGGUGGUGGAGAAGGCACUGGGCGACCUUUGGAUCCAGCUGCCCUGCAUUGAUGAGAUGGGGAGCUGCACCUACGACGACGUCUGCGCAAUGCUUGACAAUCUCAUCCCACCUGGCACGACCUGCCCGGAGCCCCUGCUCACCUAUGGCAUCCCUUGCCAUUGCCCCUUCAAAGCGGGUUCCUACUCUCUGCCCCCCAGCGACUUUCUCCUGCCCGAUAUGGAGCUGCCCUCCUGGAUGACCAAUGGCAACUACCGUGUGCGGGUGAUUGCCAGCAGAGAUGGGGAGGAGCUCGCCUGCGUCAAGCUGGCCUUUUCCCUGCAGUCCCGUUGAGAGGCGAGGAACUGUCCCUCCUCUCCCCACCACCUCGAUCCCUUGUCCUAUCCCAUCCAGUUGCACCCCAUCCCAUCCCAGCCCAUCCCCGCUCGGUGCCCCCUUCCCUGCUACACACAGAAGGGCCCCUCUGGCUGUCCUGCUGUCCCCAACCCCAUCCCCGGGGUGUCUCCUGCCCCAGACAGGGUGGCCUUGGAGCUUAAGCCCAGCCUUUCAGCGUGACCAUGGGGUAGUUAUUUUUUACUCAGUCUCUGUUUUCAUUUUUUGCUUAAUCCCUAUCAGGGGGAUUUUAGACACAAACAUUCCAGGGAAAAGCAGUGUAUCCUGGAGCAGUCUAUGGGGAGGAAGGACUGUGUAGGAGUGCUGUGGCAGCCUGGAGAGAUGCAGGGUUAGCUGUGGAGGCUGUCCUCUUGUCCCCCCCAACCUCUGGCUGGUGCACAGGGCUCUUUUGCGGUGUCACCGGAAUGGCUGCAGACCUGUCCACCCAUGGCAGAUCUGGAUCUGCCUUUGGCACAUCCCUGUCCUGCACAUGGACCUGCUCAGUGUCAUGAAGCACCAGUGAAGGCACCUCCCUGUGUCCCUGCUGUGACAAAUGUUACAAGCGCAACAGGACUGAAACCACCCAAACCCCUGACUGACGUUCCUACUCACAAAGGACCAAGCAGCUGGGGCUGUUUCCAGCAGCAGGAGAGGUGGCUGAACAUGAGGUGUGCUCUCUCUGGGGGGGACACAUGGCUGUGAUGAGCAGAUAGGGCACAGCUUGGCCGAAGACAGGUCCCAGUCAUCUCAUUUUACCACUGGGACCAUCCUUCCCGUGCACCAGCAGAAACACCCCACCAUGUGGAGCAGCAUCUUGGGCAUGGGAUGGGCUGGGAGAUGACCGCAAAGACCAACAGCCUGGAUUCUAUUUAGCGACCCUGUGGUCCAUCUCCUGGUUGUGGCUGGGGGCUGAGGCACAGACAGGCAGCAUCCUUCCUGCCCGCUGCCGCAGGCAGGACGUGUGUCUGACACCACCAACCUACACCAGGUCCCCACAGGGUGCAAGUGACCCACUGGCCUCCGCAUCCCUCGCUUCCUCACCAUCCCUGCCUGCUUGCGUUAUUUAGCCUGUCUGUACGGCUGGCUGGUCGUCCUCCAAGCACUUUAUAUGCUUUAACUACUGCCAGGCUGCCCCGGCAGGAGGUCCUCCACCUUUCUGUGCCCUCAUCUCUGUUUUGUCCUGCUGCUGGGUCCGACCUGGGUUUUUCUGUCUGGAGAAGUGCUAACGCUCUCCCUCCGCUGCCCCAGUGCCCGUGCCAGGGUGGCAUCUCCUUUCCGGCAGGUACUGUAGGUUCUUAAUAAAUCUUUUUACGAGGAAGAA